AUGUGUAAUGUCACAUUUGACUUUGCUUAUGCAGGCCAUAAGUUCCAAAAGAAAAAUCCAGUUACACUCUUGAAGGAAUUGUCAGUGAUAAAGUCUCGAUAUCAAACUUUCUAUGCACGCUUUAAACCAGUUGCUGUUGAACAGAGAGAGACUAAGAGCCGCAUUUGUGCUACUUUGAAUAAGACUAUGACCAUGAUGCAAAAACUACAAAAGCAAACAGACCUGGAG